AUGGUACGAAAUGCAAAAUAUCUAACACUAGAUAUAUCUUCUUCCUCUUUAUCAAUCUCUAUCUUAGCCGUGGUGGCCUUGCAACUCCAUUUUAUCCACAGUGUUUUGUCCCUAAACCAGACCAAUUCGUAUCUGCAACACAUAUGCAUCAAAGGAGAAGGGACAUACAAUCAGGAGAGUUCAUAUGAGAGCCAACUCAAACGUCACCUCGACUAUUCGAUUAACAAUUAUCUAGACUACGGUUUCAUCCACGGUGUAGGUGGUGAGGGUCCUAAUACCUUCUACAUAAAGGCUCAGUGUCGGGGCGAUGCCUCUGAAUCUGAGUGCCGUUCUUGCCUCGUUACCGCCUUCUCUGGGAUUCUUAGGAAAUGUCCGAACAACAAAGGGAGAAUCAUAUGGUACGACAACUGUUUUCUCUACAUUUCUACGGUCUAUACCUAUCAGAAGAUCGAUUACAAGCACUAUUUGUAUUUGCACAAUGCUAAAGAUGUGAGCGGCGGCAAUACAAAGUUGUUCAACAAGAACACGAGGGCUCUCCUAUAUAAGCUGAAGGAGAAAGCAAUUCGUAAAGAACAGAAGCCCUAUACAAGAGACUACUUGUAUGCGACUGCCGAGGAAAGUCUAGGGACGAUGAAAUUGUACGGAAUGAUGCAGUGUACACAAGACUUAUCGGUUAAAAACUGCAGUGUGUGUUUAGAUUCGGUUAUAGCGAAGCUUCCCAAAUGCUGCAACGGUAAACAAGGAGGAAGAGUUUUGAAUCCUAGUUGUACUUUUAGGUUCGAGCUUUACCCUUUUGUAAGAACAUAA